UCCUGAAGAUAUAUUAAUGAAGAUGGCAGCAACAUUAACCAAAAUCUUGUUCAUUUCUUUUCUUUUCCUUUCAAGUGCAUUUCUUGCAAGAUCGGCAGAAGUUGAUGAUGAGAGUGAGUUUAGUUACGAUGAAAAAAGCGAGAAUGGACCAGCUAACUGGGGCAAGAUUCAUCCAGAAUGGAGCACUUGCAAUACUGGAAAAUUGCAGUCUCCAAUUGACCUUCUUAACGAAAGGGUUGAAGUUGUAUCAGACCUGGGAAUUCUUCGCAAAUAUUACAAACCAUCCAAUGCCACUCUCUUGAAUAGAGGCCAUGAUAUGAUGUUGAGAUGGGAAGGUGAUGCAGGAUAUGUGAAGAUAAAUGGAACUCAAUAUCAACUCAAACAAUGUCAUUGGCAUACACAUUCUGAACACACAAUCAAUGGAAAAAGAUUUAAUUUGGAGGCUCAUUUGGUACAUGAAAGCAGUGAUGGAAAGACUGCUGUCAUUGGAAUCAUCUACCAGAUUGGACAGCCUGAUUCCUUCUUAUCUAUGAUAGAGAAGGAUUUAAAAGCUCUUGCCAAUACAAAAGGUGUAGAGAGAGCCAUUGGAACAAUUGAUCCAAAGCAAAUAAAAAUGGAAGGCAAAAAAUAUUACAGAUAUAUUGGCUCCCUAACAACACCUCCCUGCACCGAAAAUGUUGUCUGGACUAUAGAUGGAAAGGUUAAAGCUGUAACAAAAAGGCAAAUGAAAUUGAUCCGAGAUGCUGUUCAUGAUGAAUCUGAAACCAAUGCUAGACCAGCUCAGCCACUAAACAGACGUCCUAUCAAAUUCUAUAAACCAGAACUGAAACCCUGAAAUACAAGCGAAUUGAUUAUGUAUCUAUAGUUUGAGAAAGCACAUAUCGAUCACGGUCAUUAAAUAUAGCUGUCCGUUAAUGAUAAUUAAUAAUUUUCUUCAGAACUAGGACUAGAAAUGGUUUUAUCACAGAUGAUUGUGUUAGUAUCUUCGUUAUUGUAUUUAUUCAUUGUAUCAUUGUAAUAAAGUACUGUUGUGGAAGAAUUUGCUUAUCUUUGUGAGGCAUGGAGCCUCGAAUUUUGUCUGCAUCUGUUCCGGUAUCCGACAAGUAG